UUUGAGAAGGACACUCAUCCAGACACUGAUGCUAUACAUGAAUUGCAGUCAAAACUGAAUCUCGAGGAAGCGGUGAUAAAGAUUUGGUUUAAGAACCAGCGGAUGAAACAGAAGAAAAUCAGGCUAAGAGUGCAGCAAGAGGCAUCACCGGGAACAUCCACACAGCACGUUUUGGAAAAGGAGGAGGCCGCACUACCAAAUCCCAAGUCAAAUGCCUCACCAAUUGCAGGAACGUCAGAGGAUGGAAACCAUGAACCCUCCGAGAGCCACAGCACCAGGAGACAUGAAGCCCCUGCGUGGAGGCCAGCAGUGGACAGUCAGUGUGAUGACAUCCAGCAUAUAUGUCUGCAGGAUUGGGAUGUUCCUUGGGCCGGAACUCCCGGUGACAUAAAUCAAUUUAUAGAACUGUAUGCCCUGCCUGAGGAAGAUGAUCCCAGCAGCUUAGACAUUUAUCUCUCCCCAAGGUGCCUUCAGUGA